ACUUCCAGGCUUCCCAGUCAGUCGCAUGGAGCGGCGAAUGAUUGUGUUUUCGCGUUCUGUGUUGUCUCAGUGUUUACACAGGCGAUUUUAGCCACUUCCGCAGCACUUUCUCAGCAGAAUUUGCAUCAUUUGUCUCCCAGAUAGAUCGCCUUGCCGCCAGGAAUCACCAUGAGCUGCACAGGAAUGCUUUCCACAGGAGAAACCGUGACAGACGACGCCAUGCAAAUAAAUAAACCCGCGGAACUUUGUUUGCUGAGCACAAGAAGGCGGAACAAAAGCGCCAAGAGAGUGAAGCCAAAGCCAUCAGGCGGGAAGUCGGUCGGAACGGUGCCUUGUGCGUGCUGCCGGAAGCGCGUGGUGCCGCAGAAGUUGGAGUCGCACAUGAAGAUGCACGCGAAGGCGCCCUUCAUCUGCUCCUUUUGCUUCUGCGCCUUCCGGCGCUCCAAUCUGCUGGCCACGCACAAGCUGCAGUGCUGGAAGUGGUUCUCUAAGCGCAACACCUCCUCCUCCUCCGCCCAUCAGCUGUCCGUUCUGCCCGACUGGCUGGACGCCGAGCAGGCGAGCGCGGGACGCUUUCCCUGUCCCGCCUGCUCCGCCGUGUUCCACUGCCUCGGCGAUCUGCUGGACCACGUGGUGGCGCACGACAGCGCCGCCGAGACGCUCACGUGCGGCCCCUGCUCGGCCAUCUUCUUCGGCAUGCCGGACCUGAAGAAGCACAUGUUCAAGCACGUGCUGGCAGAUCAACAGAAAGCCAAAGAAGAGGUGUAA